AGGGUUUUGGAUUAAGGAAAUUUUGUCAUUUCUAAUAUGCACAUGUGAAUAAACUACACUCACCCUUCUCCACGCCGUCUGCUGAAUCAACGCUCUCGCUUUUGGAGCUGCCGUUCUUGAAAAUGUCUGCAAUUAAUCGGACUAUGUCGACGUCUAUCGCCUCCUCCACAUCCACUUUCCUCGGCAGCAACGAUCUGAAGAAGAUCAGGGCCUCGAAGGUAUUGAUUCCCAGGAGAGUCAAUGGUGUAGUGAAAUGCGUAGCCUCGCCUUCGGCUGAGAAGACCGUUUACACGACCAAGGUGUCGCGCAACAAUAACAUGGCCAAACUUCAAGCUGGCUAUCUCUUUCCAGAGAUUGCGAGACGAAGAUCUGCACACAUGCAGAAGCAUCCUGAUGCCCAAGUGAUCAGCCUCGGCAUUGGUGACACAACAGAGCCAAUUCCUGAAGUGAUUACUUCUGCCAUGUCAAAGAGAGCACUGGCUUUGUCCACAGUAGAUGGUUACAGCGGUUAUGGAGCUGAACAAGGUGAAAAGCAAUUGAGAGCUGCCAUUGCGUCAACCUACUAUGCAGAUCUUGGCAUAGAGGAGGAAGAUAUAUUUGUGUCUGAUGGUGCAAAAAGUGACAUAUCUCGCCUGCAGGUUCUUUUUGGAUCCGAUGUGACAAUUGCUGUUCAAGAUCCAUCCUAUCCGGCAUAUGUGGAUUCAAGCGUUAUUCUGGGUCAGACCGGACAGUUUCAGAAAGACAUAGAGAAGUAUGGAAAUAUCGAAUACAUGAAAUGCACGCCAGAAAAUGGUUUCUUUCCUGACUUAUCCAAAGUGUCUCGGACAGAUCUCAUAUACUUCUGUUCUCCAAACAACCCGACUGGUUAUGCUGCAUCGAGAGACCAGCUAACCAGACUUGUUCAGUUUGCCAAGGAAAACGGGACAAUCAUAGUCUAUGACUCUGCUUAUGCCAUGUAUGUGUCCGAUGACAGUCCAAAAUCCAUCUUCGAGAUUCCUGGAGCCAAAGAGGUUGCUCUCGAAGUUUCUUCCUUUUCUAAGUAUGCUGGUUUCACGGGAGUUCGUCUUGGUUGGACUGCAAUUCCAAAGGAACUUCUUUAUUCGGAUGGAUUCCCCGUAGCUAAGGACUUCAACCGAAUUGUUUGUACUUGUUUCAACGGUGCAUCCAACAUUGCUCAAGCCGGCGGUAUGGCCUGUGUUUCGGCUGAGGGCAUUAAGGCAAUGCACGAGGUGGUUGGCUUCUACAAGGAAAACACAAAUAUCAUAGUCGACACAUUCAAUUCGCUCGGUUUCAAGGUAUACGGAGGCAAGAAUGCGCCGUAUGUUUGGGUCCACUUCCCGGGCCAAAGCUCGUGGGAUGUUUUCAGCGAGAUUCUUGAGAAGACCCAUGUGGUUACUACACCCGGGAGUGGUUUCGGGCCUGGCGGUGAAGGCUUUGUCCGGGUAAGCGCCUUCGGACACAGGGAAAAUGUGCUGGAAGCCUGUAGAAGAUUCAAGCAGUUGUACAAAUAAACAUCUAUCUGCCUACCAAAUUGAGUUUACCAUAAUCCCAAAAGACACGUGUGUAUUAUUACAACUUUGUUAUAAUGCAUCAUCUGCAUUCAAAUA